CUAGGAUUGUGUAUCUACCUCGGGACAUUUUAAAGUUUUCCUAUCUUUUCUUUAUCGAAAGUCAAUAUUUUCUUUCUUUUCAAUCUUGUUUCUCCACACUUCCCCUUCCAUGCAGGCCUGGCGCAGGUCCUAUCAGCGCUGCACAAUUCUGCUGCAUAAAAUGAUCGCCAAGCAAGCGAACCGACAUCCACAUCCACAUCCAGCUGCAACCAGCGCUGCAAUGCACGAUGCGCGUCUCCCGAACCCUCUUUCAACUCUGAACCUCUGCACUCCCUGUACAUAUCAAUUCAACUAUUACCAAUUCUCAUACACCCCCUCUCUCGGAGCACUCCACACUCGUUACGACCCUAUGAAGCCAGCGAUGCUUCACAAUCGCACCUAGAAUUUCCUCCUUCUCUGUUCUGCUGCUCGCAGACUUCCACCGCAACCUCUCGAUCCGUCUCCAAACCACCUCACCGUUCCUCCAUACGACUCGUCACAAUGUAUCCAGCCAGCCUGCAGUCCCGGCGCACAUGAGAUACGAGACCAUCUCAAACCCCUCGCACAAGCAAUCACCAUUGUCCUACAAACAUGUUGUAUUCCCCGUUCUCCCAAACACCUCUCCGGACACAUUGAGCAGAGCCAGCAAGCAAUGCGCCGUCUCCCCAAAACCAGCAAAAUCGACAAUACUAACCAGCAGCAAACUCUCCAAACAUGGACGGAUCACCCCCUCCCCUCCUCUCCCCCAGCAUCCCACGAUUUGCGCCUCUCCGAACACACACCCGCACACCCUCUCGAUCCCCAACUCGUCCCCGACUCGCAGACGAUAUCCUCUCUGAUCUCUCCCCUGUCACAACCCUCGAAGCAUUCACCAAUCCAUCAGGAAAGUUAAAAGCCAGUAUCGAAGCCGCCACACCCAGCGAACGAGCUUUCGGUCUCCGAGCAACCCUCGCAUCGAAAAAGAUACAGGAAUGGGUGGACGAGCUAUCAGGAUGGCCAUGGCCUGCAGGAGGAGGCUCUCUCGGCUUCGAAAUCCCAUAUGCGAAGCGCCGGAAGCUGUCUGUACAAGGAGAUGAUCGCGGUAGGCGCAACAGCAAUGGCUAUGCCCAAGAACAAAAAUAUAUCGGCAGUCUCCUGGAAACAGAAGUCGAGCGCUACGAAAUUCGCAUCGAUGAUAUCACUGCUGAUAUGGAGGAUUUGAAUGUCGAGGAGAUCAAACGCCAGGUUCUCGAUACGCAUUUCUCGCCCAGAUCUCGCCCAUCUUCCUCUUCGUCGAAUGCGCCGCCUAUGCCCAGUCUCUUCGCCUCAUUUACACGCAUGGAUGAUUUCACAGCAGUAGUCACAGCUACAGUUCUACAGUCUCUACCAAAUCUCAGCAGACUCACCCGUUUGAUGGACGUCUGGAAUAUACGCUUGAGCGUACUACGCAAAGUCCCUCCAUUAAUGCUAGCACUAGACGACGCUGAGGUAGCACUGAAAAGUGGCUGGACAGCAAUCAACAAACCAGACACCUCACAAGCCACCUCUCCACAACCCGAAGAUCUUUACCUCACCCGCAAAGCCUUCGAAAUCAUGCGCGGAGUCCUACAAGACAAAGUCACAACCUUGGGCCAAGAUCUAGAUUACAUGCUCGACACAUUAGAAGGACGAGAAGACACGCUACCUGAUUCCUGGCUGGAUCGCAUGGAGACGCUGGAGAAUGAUUAUGGGUCUUGGGUUGUUUCUGGAGAUAGGAAGGUCAGGGAAGGGGAAUGGGCUAGGAUGGCUAAGGCGAGGAAGGUGGAGGAUGAUGCAAGGAAGUUGAAAGGGGCAGAGGCAGCUGAGACUGCUAGAAGGAAAGAGGAGGAGGAAUCGAGAUUGAAAGCUCACCUGGAUGCCGAAAAAGCGGAAGCUGCUAGGUUCAAAGCAGAACAGGAAGCGCAAGAAGCUGCCAGGUUACAAGCUUUGAGAGACAUUCAGGAAGUUGAAGAGGCGGACGUUGCAAGGCGGAAAGCAGAAGACGACGUGAAAGAAGCUGCAAGAUUGGAGGUUUUGAGAAAGGCUCAGGAAGUUGAAGCUACUCGAUUGUUGGCUGAACAGGUUGAGAUGGCAAGACGACAGGCAGAAGAGAAAGCUCAAGUUCUUGCUUGCCAGAAGGCUUUGCAGAAAGCUGACGAGGCAGAGAAUACAAGACCGAUGUCUGAACAGGAAGCUGAUACAGAUAGACUUCAAGAGGAGGAGCAAGCUCGAGAGAUGGUGAAUCAGGGUGCGAUUGAUGAUGCUGCAAAGGUCGAAGCUGCGAGAUUGGCCGAUGAACAAGCUCGAGCCGAAGCUCGAGAUACAGCACAGCAAGCAUUGAAAGAUGCUGAAUUAGCCGAAUCUGGAAGGUUCAACGCUGUGGUGGGGGCUCAAGAGACUGUUGAACAGCAAGCUCUGGAAGAAGAGCAGCGCCUCAAGGCUACUAGAUUGCUUGCACAACAGGCUGCGGAAGAGGAGCGACAGGCUGCUGCUUUUAUCUUCAUUGAAGACCCGAAAAUUACCGAGGAAAUUACUGAUCGAACAGCUCAGUUGGUUGCUGACAAGACUGAAUCAAAACGGCAGUUACAUCAGGCUGAGCUUGCUGUACAAAAGUCUGGAAAUUCUGAAUCUAUGCAGACACAGGUCCAGUUGGAUACUGAAGCAGCUGCAAUACAACCCAGGCAAGAUGUAGGCGACGUUGAUACCAGUCGUCAGUCGGCGCACACCAUCGUGCCAGCAGUAACAGAGCCAGAACAGGACAUCGAUAUUGCCGAACAUACAAAGUCGACGUUCAUCCCAUUGCAUAUUGGAGAAGAUGAAUCGGACAAUCAAAGAAUCACAGAUUGCGAUAUAUGCGAAGAGAUUCGACAGAGCAAACCUAAUUCACCAUCACGGCCUGGCACGGGCUCAAGAACCAGCUCACGUGCGGUUGGAACUCAAAGUUUCAGAGAUACCUCCAUCACCAGUGAAGUCGAUCGUGCCGUCAACCCCCAAAUCACCAGAUAUGCUCCUUUUGAUGGAGGAUCCGACUCUACUGACCCAGCUAUUAGAAGGACUGAGGUUGAGGUCAAAGAUUGCUCUACUCACGACUUGGAUCUAGCAUCGCCCAUUCAUUUUGAUGAUUCCUUUCCUCAGACUCCGACCUCAUCAACGGUAUCCGGUGCAGCUAGGGUGUUCACAUCGCCAACAUCAGAAGAGUCAAGCCCUCCUCGCCCAAAAGUCUGGUCAUUAAGUGGGCUCGCUAGCAUUGUACGAGUGUCGUCUCCACGAGAGCUCUCUUUAGCAGCCGAAGCGGAUCAAGCCAUGCAAACACCCAAAUCUCCUUCGUCUACCCCUCAGACACCGAACAGAGCUGAGUUUGCUUUUGAUGGUGCCAACGAUGACAAUGACUCUGGAACAGCCCAGAAGACAGCCGACGAAGAUUGGAUUGUGGUUGAGUCUCCUGGCGGCAACCCCAAGCUGCCUAACGAUACCCAAGAACAUUCAGAUCCAGAAAGUUUAAAUUCAAACUCCAGAUCCUCCGUUGUCUUUGGUUAUUCUACAUCUGAACCUACUCCGGAAAUCUUCGAAGCUCAACCUGCCGAGUAUUUCACGUCGCCAAUGAGAAGCCCUCGACCUGUUGCUGGACAAGUCAAUCCUAACUCUCCUACCGCGGCAUUACCUGCCACACCAAAGCUUUCGGUUAAAAUAGACUCCCAGGAAACAACUCCAACAAAGUCUCCUCCUGUUGCAUCGAAACGACAUUCUCUAGAGUCAACCAACUCCAUCCUCUCACCUGUUGCCGAAGAAUACCUCUCACGGUCGACUGAAUUGGAUGUAGAUGGUCCUUGCGAUGCCUGUGAAGUGGCCGUUCGUGACUUGGAGGCAAACGAGAGGAUAUCCGAAGACACUGACCUUCCAAUCCUUGCUCGGAAGACCUCUCGCGAUAGCCCGAUCAGAGAGAUUUCGAUACCUCGUCGAGAAAGCAUAUCUUCUAAUGCAUCGACCAUUCAUGGUCGAGUUGGCGAGUCUCCUUCAUCAGUGGCCUCACCUGUAUCAGAGGAUGCUAUGGAGUCCUCAUUUGAGCAAUCUCCAUCAGCCGGGCGGAUUGGACAUCGAAGUGUCAAGUCAUAUGAUAUUAGUCCUCCCAAUUCACCUCCUCCUGGAAUCGCCAGACGACCAUCUUUGUUCCCAGCAACUCCGGGCUUAUCACCUUCCACGGAACCCACUACACCACUCCCAGAUAGCAUGCCUCCGACUCCCCUGGAUGCCCCUCUCUUUGGCAAUAUCGAUGUAUCAACAGGACCUAUAAUCACCAGUCCCAAGAAAUCUACCGAUGACCAAAUGCAGCAACAAAUCUCCUCCCUCCUGGAAUCAAUACCCGCACGCAUUCGUCUAACAACCGAGCCCGACGAAACCCCCUUCACAUCCCAAACCCUCCGACCCAAGAAAACUCGUCGAUCAAUCACCCCGUCCUUCCGCUCCUCCUCAAGCAUGUCCAACUACAGCACCACUUCCCGUGCUCCAACCCCAUCAUUCACUCUCGCCCCUGCCUUCGGCAAGACAUCUUCCCGUCCCCGCCCUCAAAGCAGCAACCCCGAAAUCAAGCUCUACCACCUCUCCCGCUCCACAGGUGAAGCACCUAUCAAACUCUUCGUCCGUCUAGUCGGUGAACACGGCGAAAGAGUCAUGGUUCGUGUUGGAGGCGGCUGGGCAGAUCUAGGCGAGUACCUAAAGGAAUACGCAAGUCAUCACGGCCGUCGCUCUGCCGUCGACGCAGGCGAUAAAGUACAGAUCCAAGACUUGCCUUCCAGAAACGUAUCCUCCUCAUCCACUGCCACUCUGCGCGGUAACGGCAAUGGCCGAUCAACUCCCGAUCCCCCCCCACAAAGCGUGAUGGAACGCGAACGUGACCGCGACCGCCCAGGAAGCAGUCUCUUCGUCCGCAAAACCCGCCGCUCAGUAGGCGAAUCCUCAUCCUCAUCCUCUUCGGCUUCAAAUCAGAUCUUCGACUCCUCCCGCGCACCAUCUACUCCUCUCCCAUCUACUUCCUCACUGUAUCGCAACUCUACCGCUACACCUCCAUCUACUACCUCGUCUUCCACUUCCACUUCAGGCGGUCCAUCCUCUCAAUCGCAACAGGAGAGAGAUAGAACUGCUCGGUCAUCCUCUCGCCUCUCGUGGACUUCUGACGACGGAAACUGCUCUGGUAUCGGAAAUGUCAAAACCCCCGUUGCUCUCGGCCUCGCUGGUCCGAAAUCCAAAAAUGUCAUGAUUAGUGAGAGGGAUCAGGAGUGGGUGGAGAGUAUGAAGGAGAAGGUUAGGUUGGCUAGUGCGGAGAAGGAGAGGAGAGAUAGGGAUUCGGGUGUAGGGAUGGGGAUGGGUGGUGGGGUGAAGGGGAGUGGCAGGGAGAGUAGAGCUAGUUUUGGGGAGAUGGAGAAGGUUGGGGGGACGAAGAGAUUGUUUAGGAAGGGGUUGUGAGGGCGUUGGUUAUUUUCUUGGGAAUUGGGAAUUUAGUUCAUUCUUGUCUUCUCCUCCGUUCCUUGAGAGAUCUGUCUUGGAAGAUUUGGAGUUUGAUACCUUGGUGGUGCUGCAUAGCGCAUAGCAUUGGAGUUUUUUAUUUCCUUCAGCCGUUCUUUCGUUUGUUUGUUUGUUACAAAGGUUCGAUUCAGUUCGUUUCGGUUCACUUCUGGACAUGGCAUAGCAUGACAAAGGCAAAGGCAUAGGGUUUAGCACUUGGUUCAGGAUAGGAUUAGGAAUAGGAAUUGGCAUUCGGAUACCCAUAUGAGGAAGAGAAAGACAGAGUCUGGUGGGAGAGACAGAGAGAGGGGAAGAAGAAGAGAUGGAGGAGAGAGAGAGAGAGAGAGAGAG